GCUGCUGUGCCUGGCACAUCUGUUGCUGUGGGGCAGGGGAGUGACCAUGGGGCAGGGAGGACUCAAGCCCAGCACCCAGCCCCGCUUGGGUUUCACUUUCACUUUGGUUCUUCCAUGAAAUGCGUGGUUUUGGGUAAAAUUUCUGUCUCUUCUUCACCUCCUCCACACGUUGUGAGUGGGUUCCCACACCCACGAAUCCUUCCCCACUCCCUCCUGCUCCCUCUACAGCUCUUGCACAUGGGAUGCAGUGCGCAUCACCUCCCACUAUGCCACCCCAUGCCCCCACAUGAACACAGGCACCAUUUCACCAUCUCUCUGUGCCCUUCUCAUUGCACAGCCCAGCUCACAGUGGUGGCACCCAGCCUCCCUGUCACUGCCAACGUGGGACAGGACGUCGUGCUGCGCUGCCACUUGUCCCCUUGCAAGGAUGCUCGGAGCUCAGACAUCAGAUGGAGCCAGCACCGAACCGCUGAGCUUGUGCACCACUACCAAAAAGGAGUGGACCUGGAGCAGAUGGAGGAAUAUAAAGGGAGGACAGAACUGCUCAGGAACGGUCUCUCUGAUGGAAACCUGGAGUUGCGCAUCACUGCCGUGAGCUCCUCCGAUAGCGGCUUGUAUAGCUGCGCUGUGCAAGAUUUUGAUGGCUAUGCAGAAGCUGUGGUGAAGCUGGAGGUGUCAGAUCCCUUUUCCCCGAUCACCCAUUCCUGGGCGGCAGCUCUGGCUGUAGUCGUCACACUUCUGCUUGGGUCAUUUGUCAUCAUUGUUUUUCUCCAUCGGAAGCAAGUGGCACAGAGCAGAGAGCUGAGUUUAAGUGCUGCAGAUCUCAUGGAACAAACGGAAGCAAGAAACACCAUGAAAAUACGGGGAUACACUGUAUAUGGAUGGGUAGAUGGGAUGCAAAGUUGGAGACACUAUCUGCAAAACUGGUGGAUCAAACUGAAGCAUUGGAGGAGCGAACUAAAAUAUUGGAGGAACGCUGUGAAAAGAUGGAGAAACAAACUGAAGAAUUGGAGAUACGGCAUAAAAAUAGGGGUGAGUCUCCUCUCUGAAAUUGACAAUGUUGGGGUCUUCCUGUGGGAGCUGUGGGAUGAGAUGUUCCUCUCAUCACGCAUUGUUUCUGCUUUUCCUUGGCAGAGAGAAGGGAUGCGAAGUUGGAAGAAAAAGUUGCAGAACCGGUGGAACAAACUGAAGACGAGAACAAACACUAUGAAGAGAUGGUGGAACAAACUGAAGAAUUGGGAGCUGAUUGCACUGGAUACCAACACCGCCAUAACGGGAAGCCAGCAAGGAAAUCCACAACGGGAACAAGAGGAGGCAGAGUUUGCACUGAUGGAGCAAGUUGCAGAGAUGGAGAAAAAGGAUGAAAUGUUGGAGAGAAAGAAUGCAAUGAUGAAGGAGCAAGCUGCAGAGAUAAUGACAAAGGAUACAAAGUUGGUGGAACAAGCAGGAAAACUGGUGGAACAAGGUGCACAGCUGGCGUGGAGAAAAUUCCUGCUUCCUCAAAAUACAGUGAAGGUGACCCUGGAUCCAAGAACAGCAAAUCCUCUCCUCUUCAUCUCUGAGGAUCUGAGGAGCGUGAGGUGGGAACGCAACUGGCAGCAUCUUCCCAACCUCCAGGAGAGAUUUGACACCAUGUGCUGCGUGCUGGGCCGGGAGGAAUUUCGGGAAGGGAGGCAUUGCUGGGAGGUGGAGGUGAUAAGGCAACAGGGAAAAUAUUCCUGGUGUGCUCUAGGGGUGGCCAGGGCAUCUGUGAAGAGGAAAGGGGAGAUGGUUCUGAGCCCCGAAGAAGGGAUUUGGGCUUUGCAGUAUGACGAAGGGAAGCUCAAGGCUCUGACGGCACCUCCUACCCCCUUGACUCUGUCCCCUGUCCCCACCAGAGUCUGGGUCUUUCUGGAUUGUGCACAGGGACAGGUGACUUUUAUCAAUGCUCUUAAUGGGGUCGAGAUCUUCGCUUUCCCAUCAGCUUCGUUCAACGGGGAGAAGGUUCACGCCUGGUUCUGGCUGGGGACGAGUGCCCAGUUGCGCCUUAGGGACAGCACGCCAUAGCCCCCAUCCCCCUCCUCGUGGGCUCCUGCCCUUCUGCAGCCACCCCUCACUCACCCCUCCUUGGUCCUACACCCUUUGGCUUCAUUCUGGGAGCCACAUUCGGUUAUUUCAGGAAUUUUGAUAAAAAAAAUAAACAAGAAAACAAGCAAAUAAAAAAGAUUGCAAA